CGCCGCCGCCGCCGCCUCCUCCUCUUCCUCUCCGCGUCUUCGCUCGGUGCCCGGCUGCCCGAGGCAGAUCCAGGCGGCGGCGGAGGCGGCGGGCGCACGAGCGCGGCUCCCGGGACUGUAGCCACCGCCACCACCACCGCCGCCGCCGCCGCCGCCGCCGCCCGCGCCCCGGAGCCCGGCGAUCGCCCGACUCAACCUCACGGAACCCAGAGAAGGGAGCGGAGGCGGCGCGUUAGCGCGGGGCUCGCCGGGGUCGGCGGGGCGGGCGGGCGUGCUGGCCAUGCUUCUGGACGCGGGGCCGCAGUUCCCGGCCAUCGGGGUGGGCAGCUUUGCGCGCCACCAUCACCAUUCGGCCGCGGCGGCGGCGGCGGCGGCCGCCGAGAUGCAAGACCGCGAACUGAGCCUGGCGGCCGCGCAGAACGGCUUCGUGGACUCGGCCGCCGCGCACAUGGGGGCCUUCAAGCUGAACCCCGGCGCGCACGAACUGUCCCCGGGCCAGAGCUCGGCGUUCACGUCGCAGGGGCCCGGCGCCUAUCCCGGCUCCGCGGCGGCCGCCGCCGCCGCCGCCGCUCUCGGGCCCCACGCCGCUCACGUUGGCUCCUAUUCCGGGCCGCCUUUUAACUCCACCCGGGACUUCCUGUUCCGCAGCCGCGGUUUCGGGGACUCCGCGCCCGGCGGCGGGCAGCACGGGCUCUUCGGGCCGGGCGCCGGCGGCCUACACCACGCGCACUCCGACGCGCAGGGCCACCUCCUCUUCCCCGGCCUCCCGGAGCAGCACGGGCCGCACGGCUCGCAGAAUGUGCUCAACGGGCAGAUGCGCCUGGGGCUGCCGGGCGAGGUGUUCGGGCGCUCGGAGCAGUACCGCCAAGUGGCCAGCCCGCGGACUGACCCCUACUCGGCGGCGCAACUCCACAACCAGUACGGCCCCAUGAAUAUGAACAUGGGUAUGAACAUGGCAGCGGCCGCAGCCCACCAUCACCACCACCACCACCACCCCGGUGCCUUUUUCCGCUACAUGAGGCAGCAGUGCAUCAAGCAGGAGCUCAUCUGCAAGUGGAUCGACCCCGAGCAGCUGAGCAACCCCAAGAAGAGCUGCAACAAAACUUUCAGCACCAUGCACGAGCUGGUGACCCACGUCUCGGUGGAGCACGUCGGCGGCCCGGAGCAGAGCAACCACGUCUGCUUCUGGGAGGAGUGUCCGCGCGAGGGCAAGCCCUUCAAGGCCAAAUACAAACUGGUCAACCACAUCCGCGUGCACACGGGCGAGAAGCCCUUCCCCUGCCCCUUCCCGGGCUGCGGCAAGGUCUUCGCGCGCUCCGAGAACCUCAAGAUCCACAAAAGGACCCACACAGGAGAGAAGCCCUUCCAGUGCGAGUUCGAGGGCUGCGACCGGCGCUUCGCCAACAGCAGCGACCGGAAGAAGCACAUGCACGUCCACACCUCGGACAAGCCCUAUCUGUGCAAGAUGUGCGACAAGUCCUACACGCACCCCAGUUCCCUGCGGAAGCACAUGAAGGUCCAUGAGUCCUCCCCUCAGGGCUCCGAGUCCUCCCCGGCCGCCAGCUCCGGCUACGAGUCCUCCACGCCCCCGGGCCUGGUGUCCCCCAGCGCCGAGCCCCAGAGCAGCUCCAACUUGUCACCGGCGGCGGCGGCAGCGGCGGCGGCGGCGGCGGCAGCGGCGGCGGCCGCGGUGUCCGCCGUGCACCGGAGCGGAGGCUCCAGCGGCGGCGGCUCCGGAGGCGGCGGCUCCGGCAGCGGUGGGGGCGGCGGCGGGGCGGGCGGCGGGGGCGGCAGCGGCUCCGGAGGGGGCAGCGGGACAGCCGCGGGCCACAGCGGCCUCUCCUCCAACUUCAAUGAAUGGUACGUGUGAGGGGCCGGUGCCUCUCUCCCUCUCCCUGUCCCCCCCCCCACGCCCACCUCCCACACCCCCUCGGGUGUA